UGGCAUGCAGCGGCUGCAGCACCACUAGGGGGGCUGGAGGUAAACCGCGGGGCAUUGUGGGGCGGAGGCGGCCUGCUCCAGAGAGCCCAGAUCCUUGAGAGUAAAUAACGGGGGCUACGGUGAACGCUGUUUGCAGAAGGAAUUUACGGCUGUGUUUUAGGCCUCGACAACUUUACAACAUGGGGCAGGAGGACCUUAUGAAUACAGCCGAAGACGUGGCGGACCAGUUUCUGCGUGUAACCAAACAGUACCUGCCGCACCUUGCCCGCCUGUGUCUCAUCAGCACCUUCCUGGAGGACGGCAUCCGCAUGUGGUUCCAGUGGAAUGAGCAGCGGGACUACAUCGAGGCUACCUGGAGUUGUGGCUACUUCCUGGCCACUUGCUUUGUCUUGAUCAACCUCAUAGGACAGCUGGGUGGCUGUGUUCUUAUCCUAAGUAGAAACUUUGUGCAAUACGCCUGCUUUGGAUUAUUUAGCAUCAUAGCACUACAGACUGUUGCAUAUAGCAUUUUAUGGGAUCUCAAAUUUUUGAUGAGGAACCUAGCACUAGGGGGCGGCCUGCUCCUACUGCUGGCGGAGUCUCGUUCGGAAGGGAAGAGCAUGUUUGCGGGAGUGCCUUCCAUGGGGGAGAGCUCCCCGAAGCAGUACAUGCAGCUGGGAGGCCGAGUGCUGCUGGUGCUCAUGUUCAUGACUCUGCUGCACUUUGAUGCCAAUUUCUUCUCUAUCCUGCAGAACAUGGUGGGCACGGCCCUGAUCGUCCUGGUGGCGGUGGGGUUCAAGACCAAGCUGGCUGCACUGACCCUGGUGGUGUGGCUGCUGGCCAUCAACGUGUACUUCAACGCCUUCUGGACCAUCCCCGCCUACAAGCCAAUGCACGACUUCCUGAAGUAUGACUUCUUCCAGACCACCUCGGUGGUAGGGGGGCUGCUGCUGGUGGUGGCACUGGGCCCGGGCGGGGUCUCAAUGGAUGAGAAGAAGAAGGAGUGGUAGUCCUACCAGCAGCAGUAGAAGUCAUACUAGUAGCAAGCAAAGGGGGGGAGGGGGGCAAGGGGAGAGGAUUAACCACCACUCACUGCCCUCCGCUCCCAACCACCACCACCCACUUCCAACUACCACAUGGACUGAAAUGCCCCCCCCCCCCCUCCUCAUCCCCCUUCACAGGGUACAGACUUUUUUUUUCUUUUUCUUUACGUUUUUCUUUAUUCAUAUUUUUACGAGCAUAUCCUGAACGGCUGUCUCCACCCUGGAUCUGAGUUCUACUGCAGUGAUCCCGAAUUCGUGAGCCCAAUCCGUAUUUAUGCCCACCAUUUCUAACAGCUGGCCAGAGUAAAGAUCCAUUUAAAAAGGUUGUUUAUUUAAUCAUUUGUCAAAGUGCAAGUUGUCUAACUUUGGAUGAAGCAGUUUAGAAGAGCGAGGAAUAAAGAAACCUUGUUGUAUGUCAGAGUGAAUAUGACAUUGUGUUCUGUGAAGGUUGUUCUAUGACCUGCCAUUGCUAAAUUGUGUAUUUGUGAAUAAAACGGGCAAAGAAAAGAGUA